GCGGGGAUUCCCCGAUAGGAAUCCCCCAAUGGCGGAUGGAAUGCAACGACCAAAAAUACAAAUUGUAAUUACCAGAUUUCAUAAAGCUGAGAACAUUUCGAAAACACAACGUCUGUUAGUAUAGUCGAGUGAAAAAGGGAGACAUCUUCCCGACAUUAGAUGCGCCCUCUGGGCCCCCUGUACAACAAGAAAUAAAGACAAACACAAGGCCCAGCAUACGGUGGUUGGUUCAAACACAGGAAUGGACGACGCUGGUGACUCCAAUGACUCAGUGGAAGUUCCACUGGAGCAGUCCCAUCUCCCUGUCGACUUGCAGACGAAGUUCGUCGACAAUGGUGACUACACCAUGGUGAAUGGAAAUGGGACGUUGGAGUUCCAGCCUCACAUCAAGAUCGUGGAGGAGCCCCAGCAGCGUGGGUUCCGGUUCCGCUAUGAGUGUGAGGGUCCCUCCCACGGAGGCCUGCAGGGGGAGAAGAGUGAGAAGAGCAGGAAGUCCUACCCCAGCAUCAAGAUUGAGAACUACAAUGGUCCAGCUAAGAUUGUGGUGAGCCUGGUUACAGACGAGGAUAGUCCUAAACACCACGCCCACAAACUAGUGGGAAGGAACUGUCAAAAUGGAAUCUGUGUCCAAGAGACACAGUCAACCAGUGGCAUUAUUUCCUUCCCCAACCUGUGCGUGCUGCAUGUCACACGGAAGAAGGCGACCGAGGUGUUGGAGGGACGGAUCAUUGAGUCCCUCAUCCUGGAGAGGAAGGUCGAGCAGGGACACAUGAAUGUUGAGAUACCCAUCACAAAGGAAGAUAGAGAAAAAGCUCGAAAGCAAGCACAGGACCAGGCCAAGAGCAUGUCCCUGAACGUGGUGCGGCUGUGUUUCCAGGUGUAUCUCAUGGACGAGAAGAAGAACUUCACCAAGCAUCUCCGUCAAGUGGUAUCCAGGCCGAUCUACGACAGCAAGUCCCCAGGUGCGUCUGCUCUCAAGAUCUGCAGGAUGGACAAGUAUGGUGGUUGUUGCACGGGCAAUGAGGAGGUGUUCCUCCUGUGUGAGAAGGUCCAGAAAGAUGAUAUCUCGGUGAGGUUCGUGGAGCACAGUAAGGAUGGGUCGGUGUUGUGGGAGGCGUUCGGUAACUUCAGCCCCCUCGAUGUCCACAGACAGUAUGCGAUCGUGUUCCGCACACCUCCGUAUCGGAACACGUCCAUCGACAAGGCCGUCAACGUGAUGAUAAUGCUGCAGAGGAAGAGUGACCAGGAGACAAGUGAGGCCAAGGCCUUCACAUACUAUCCCCGCAAUCUCGACAAAGAUGGAAUAGCCAGGAAGAAGAGGAAGGCCAUGCCAUCACUGGAUGGUUUUGGGGGGGCAUAUUUUGGGGGUGCAGGGGGAUCGUUUGGCAGCUCGAGGGGUGGGGGAGGUUUCGGUGGGUCUGAUGGCGGUGGGGGUGGGGGUGGAGGACAAGUCCCCCACAGGGUUCUACUGCCCAAUGGAAGCGUGGUUUAUCAAGAAGGAAAUGUUCCUGCCACGAUUGAACAAGCCAUACAAGAGUGCUACGACAGCCCAGUCAACAGUCCGUACCGCACUGACCUGGAUGAACUGGACAGUCCCUAUGCCGAUCUGUCAAUGGACUGUGAGCCUAUAAAGCACAUGUCUCGUAGCAUGAAUAUCACAGGUGCUAGUAAUCCUCCUUCACUCAAACACAAGGGACAAAUCAGAGGAACCAUUAAAGAAACAGACGUCCAUGAUGCAACAGCCAAGAUGGCCGCGGUGAAGCUGAGUGACAAGCCUACGAGUCCUGGCAGUGAGCCCAUGGAGAAGGGGUCGGAGGAUGUGAAGGACAGCGAGGUCAAGGACUCUGGAUCGGACACAAGCAGUUCUAAUGCACCAACAGAGGGAGCACGUACUGAUGAGGGAUUCUCAGAGUCAUCCUCCAUUCCUGGAGAUUUGUCUCCGAAGAAGGCGCCCGACGGUGAUGACAAGUCUGCCUCAAAGAAAGACCCCAAGCAAGUUCCAGGCAAGAUUGAGUUGAGCAAGAAGAAAGAUGAAGCUAUCCGCAUGGCUCAACGUACAGCUGUUGCCCUCCGAGAGUACGCAGAGACCGGGGAUAUCCGCUAUCUGCUGCUGGUACAGCGCCAUCUAGCAUCCAUACAAAAUGAAAAUGGAGAUCUCCCAAUCCACCUGGCAGUCAUCAACAACCAGGUGAUAGCCUUGCAGUACCUGCUGGACGUCAUGGGAACGCUCCCCAAGGCCAGGUCAAGGGUCAACGCCUUCAACCUUCUCCGACAGACUGCACUCCAUCUAGCCGUCAUCACAAAACAGAAGAACGUCAUUGAGAUUCUUCUCCACUCCGGGGGCGACCCCACCUUCUCCGAUCGCCAUGGCAACACACCGGCACACCUGGCUGUGUUGGGUGCAAGUGUAGACUGUCUUCAGUCUCUUGUCAGAUAUAUACAGCCAACAGCAAAUCAGAACAAGCCGUUCCCGGAGUUGGAUUAUCUGAAUUUUGAGGGGUAUGCUCCCGCCCAUCUGGCAGCUCGAUGCGGCAACGUGGAGAUGCUGAAGACGCUGGUGUAUGGUCAGGCGGACAUGAAUCUCCAGGACGGCAAGAGCGGUCGUACUCCACUCCACCAUGCUGUUGAGGUUGACGACCUUCCAACAGCAGGAUAUCUUCUCAUGGAGACUGAUGCCGACGUCAAUGCACGCUGUUUUGAUGGGAACACUGCACUACACAUUGCAUGUGGGCGUGGGCUGGUGGGGAUGGUGGCGCUGCUGAUGACGGCUGGUGCUGAUCCCAACAUCGAGAAUGAGGAGAUCCCCCCAUUGGGAGAGGAUGGGGAUGAUGCGGAGGAUAACAGUCUGGACUCCUGGGGAGAGAGGCACGGCAUGAGGCCUGCGGACUACACUCAGGAGAAUGAGAGGAUCCUGAGCAUCCUGCAAGGUGAAAUAUACACCCCACAAGAUCCCUAUGGUGGUUUUCAUGACCUUGACCUUCAGGAGGACUCGGUGCCCUCGGACAACCGGGAGACCACGGAGAUAACGUCCAUUUACUCGUGCCGUAACGAGAGUGGAGUGGACAGUAUGAACUUUAAACUGUUUCAGCAAGGUGACCUUGAGAAGCUGGAUUUCCUGACACGAAUCGAGUUGGCGAAGUUGCUUGACCCAAUGCAGCCUGGCCGUGACGUUUUCUCCCUGGCCGAGAGGCUGGACUACUUCAACCUCCACAACGCCCUGGAGGCCAUGAAGGGACAGUCCAGCCCCACCCGCUUCCUGCUCGACUACUUCGAGGCAUCUGAUGGGACAGUGACGAAGUUACGCAGCUCACUGCAAGUGAUGGAUCGACAGGACGCUGUUACGAUCAUCGACUCAGCCCUCUCACCAGACAGACCUGGUGACAAGACAGCCACAGACACUCGUGUUGACUCGGGGGUGGAGAGUAUGGGGGGGAAGGCCCUCCCGUCACGCUGCAACCUCACAUCAUCAUAGAGAAUCCAUCACAACAAACAGAGGUCAACACAUCUUAAUUGUCCAUAAGUAGAUAUACCCACAAUUAGGAGUUGUAGGACAGGAUAGGUAGUGUUCAGUCCUACCCUGUUACAUCUCUGUUCUUUGAUGUUCUCAUUCAUCGGGAUAUUGAAAUGAAUAUUUUACUUUCUUAAAGGCAUUCAUUUAGAUAAAAACUUUUUAUCACAUUUUAUAUGUUUUACAUUAAAUGAACAUGCAUAUGAGACAUGCACUUAUAGACUUAAGGUGUUUGAUACCUGAGAGUUGGAAGUCUUGGCCCCGUUCCACAAAGUGUUCUUAGCGCUAUGAUUGUCAUAAGUCAGUGAUAAAGAAUGGUAGUUACGAUCGACUUAGCGCUAAGAUCGCUUUGUGGAACGGGGCCCAGGUUGCUGGCGCUGAGUUCUGCCUGGAAUCUCUCUGCAGCCUCUGCCAUACAUCAUUGUUGUUACAAAUAUACUCAUGAAUGUCCUCUCGUUGUUACAUUUUAGUCUCUCAAGUCAUAAAGCCUGUUGGCAGUGUCCUGUGGUACUGGUUUCCAUGUUAAUUCAUUUCUGUUUGUUCCCAUAUAGCAGAUUAUUCCAGUACAUGUAUAAUACGUGCUGAUAUCCCACUCGACCCUCCACACGAUUCUUUGAGCACCCUGCGCCCUCCAAGACUGGUGAACACUUUCACCACAGCUGUUCCACUUCAUUCUGAUAAGGGCGGUCGGGUAGCCUAGUGGUUAAAGUGUUCGCUCGUCACGCAGAAGACCUGGGUUCGAUUCCCGACAUGGGUACAAUUUGUAAAGCCCAUUUCUGGUGUCCCCUGCCGUGAUUGCUGGAAUAUUGCUAAAAGCGGCGUAAAACCAUACUCACUCACUCACUCAUUCUGAUAAUGAUAAUAAUUUACCACUCAAUAGCUCUGAACUGCAGAUUAUGGAGGGGAAGGACUCCACGCCCUGCUACAAAUAUAACCCCUGUUAAAAGAUCAGUGUGCACUGAUAUUGCAUUCUCAACUCCCUGGAGAGUAUGCACUAAUGUAGUAAAAAAUACCCCAGUGGGGAUUACGGGUUCGAAUUGGUCCCCAGAAGCCUAUGCUGGUUGUAAGAGGCAACCAAAUGGAUCAUGUCGAAUCAGUGACUUCGUUGAUUGCAUGCCAUCGUACAACAAUGUAGAUUGUUGCUCACAAUAUCGAUCAUUGGUUUGUUUGGACCAGACGCAAUUAUUUACAGGCCACUGUCAGAUAGCUUCAAUAUUGCUGAGUGCGGCAUUAAACAAGAACAAAACUGAAAAAGACGAGGGAAAAUGACAAAAAAUAAUAUGAGUGAUCUAACAUUAUGUUGCUUCAAGACAUUGUUCAAAAUGUUAUUGUAUGUUUAGGGAUAUCAGUAUAUAUGCCACAGCAUCACUUCAGCAACCGUGAUACAAGAAAAUAUAAAGUCAUUUUUCAUCACUGUUCAAACCAUUCCUCAUCCCUCUCUGAUGAUCUCCACAUCAUUAUUUGGACAUUCAAUCUGUUCAGGUUUGGAAUAUGUAUGUGUGGAAUGCUAAGAUACGCACCUAUGUGUAAUAAUUGUACAAGUGAUUGCUUCUGUUGUCAUCACAUAGGAACACUGAAAUCUCUGUCUGUACAGCCCAGGCCCACAUGCACAAAGCCAUUUUAGCGCUAAGAUUAUGGUAAGCCUAUGUUAAUGUAUAUGGGAGUUAUGAUCAUCUUAGCGCUAAAUUCUUUUGUGCAAGUGGGCCCAGGUCAUGAGUACAAGAUAACAGUUUUUCCCCAAAUUAGGCCAGAUUUCUUUCAGUGGGGGAGGAGAGGGUUAGCGAUUUUUGCCCCCCAAAAUCUGUUUGGAAGGUUAAUAAAAUACCAAUUUUAGAUAUUUUUGUUCUAUUUCCACCAAAUGUUAAGAAAGUAGGAUGGGUUUUUUUCAAAAUAAAGUGGGGGUGGGAGUUUUAAAGAUAUAUUUCAACAGGUUUUAAUUUAUCUAUAUUGAGAGUGACAUUAAUUUAGUUUUUGUGAUUAUUAACAUUUUACAUAUUUCUGGUCCGUGGAAUGUAUCUAACCCACUGAUUUUCAUGGGUGGCUUUAUUCAAAUGUUCAUUUGCUGGAGUCAGCAGAUUUGUAAACACAGUUUUUGAAAACGUCUGACCUUUUCAUUAUCAUUAUUCUAUUAAUAUUUCUUUCUACAAAUACUGUGGAACCGUUUACCACAAACAAGAGACGUAGAUGAUGCUAGUUAGGGCAUUAUGGCAACUCAUAUAUUAUAGGUCAUCACUAAUUGAGCAAAAUGGUCAGAGGGAACAGUGAGCAUUGGAAACGAGUUCCUGUAAAAAAUGUUUCCUUGUUUCCUAAGAAAUACAUGGUCGAGAUGUCAUUGGAAAUGUUUCCAUGGAAUUGUAUUUGCGGUUUGACAUUGAAACUGUUUCUGUGGAAAUAUAUUUAAGGUUUGACAUUAAAACUGUUUCCGUGGAUAUGUUUGAGGUUUGACAUUGGAACUGUUUCCAUGGAAAUAUAUUUGAGGUUUGACAUUGAAACUGUUUCCGUUGAAAUAUAUCUGAAGUUGACAUUGAAACUGUUUCCGUGGAUAUGUUUGAGGUUUGACAUUGGAACUGUUUCCAUGGAAAUAUAUUUGAGGUUUGACAUUGAAACUGUUUCUGUGGAAAUAUAUCUGAGGUUGACAUUGAAACUGUUUCCGUGGAAAUAUAUCUGAUGCUUGACAUUGUAACUGUUUCCAUGGAAAUAUAUUUGAGGUUUGAAAUCGAAACUGUUUCCGUGGAAAUAUAUUUGAGGUUUGACAUUGAAACUGUUUCCGUGGAAAUAUAUUUGAGGUUUGACAUUGGAACUGUUUCCUUGGAAAUAUAUUUGAGGGUUGACAUUGUAACUGUUUCCACGGAUCAGUAGCUGUAUAUACUGGUCCUCUAUUUACCAUAGUGAGAAUUUGUUGACCUUGCUAUUGAUAUGUUUGUCCAGACUUAACACUGUCCUGCUUACAAGGUAAAUAAAAGUGUUCUUUGAUUUUUUACACACUGAUUCUUGUGUUAAUGUCUCUGUAAAAUGUAAAUAUACAAGUAUAUCACAAAUACAUCUGUCCAUCCAUAUAUUUAAAUUGUAUUUGUUUUGAAAUCAUUAUGAUUCUUGCCCAUCGCACACAUAGCUUAGUAGAUAUGCAGUGGACUUGACAGCUUGAUUACACCUGACUGGCGUAAAACAACAUUCACUCAGGAGCAUGGACAACAUCCAUUCAGUGACUGCAGUACACGGCAAUACAAAUACCAUAUUCGACGUAAUAAGCGCCCAGGGCGCUCUCAAAAUUAGAAAUAGGGGGCCCUUAUUAGAAUAUCAUUUUGGUGGGAAAAAAACAUAGUUGAAAGAUAAAUUUUGUGGUUUGUGCUGACAGCCUGAAAUGUUUAUGUACGACAGAUAUAUUUUUCUAGAAUUUAAUUGCCCAUAAAUAAGGGUCCAUAUAACACACGUGUGCGUAUUAUACCGAAUAAAUAAGUCUUGUGUACAUUGAUCAAUCGGAUGGGAUACUAAUUGGGCUUAUUCACUAGCCAAUAUAUCAGCAAAUAUCGCCGUGGGCGCUUAUUAGAGCGGGGCGCUUAUUACGUCGAAUACGGUAAUACAUGUUAGGUGAUGAAGGUUUUGGCUGAUGUUAUUAAGAUAACCAUGUAACAUGAUAGAUUUUUUGUGUCAAAUUCUGCAAUAAAGAAAACAGGGAGUUCCACUGAAGACGCAGGACCAACUAUGAAGACGUUGUAAUAGAUGUUGUUUUCAUAUGAUCAGAGUUUUGGAAAGACGUUUUGUAAACUCUUUGUCUCAUUGGGUGAGCUUCAGUACCUCAGUACUUGUUCCCUGUCCUGUUGCAAAGUUGUUUGCUUUUGUUUAAGGUCAUAGCACAUCUUUGCAUCACUGCUGACACGAUGUUGAGUAUCUUGUGUUGCAGAAAUUCACCAUGAAACAAGUGUGGCAAGUUUAUCAUAUUGGAAGAUCCUUAGAUCGAGCAUUUAUUCAAGGCAGGCAUUUCAAGUUUUCAUUUUUAUCAAUUUUGAGUCAAUUGUCUCUUUACAAUGUUCAAAUUGAAUUGAUCACAAGUUAUAAAGGAACAUAUGAAAAGUUCAAUUUGGGAUAAAACUUUAUUCCUUACAACCAUAUCCUAACCCUUAAAACCUAGUAUGGAACUGUUGAAACAACUCCUCUGCAUACGAUUAUCUUUUGACAUGUUCACAAUGGAAACACAGACAGUUUGGGUAUUUGAUCAGGAUUUAGUCAUUGUACUAAUGGUGCAUUGGUUGACAGUGUUUUGCUAGUCAGGCACUUAUCCCAGGCAGGUGUAUCCAAUGAUGUGGGGGCCGUGUAUUCAAGUGCUGAUGCAGCAUAAUGCAAUAUUCCAGCUCGUGGGUGAAGUGGUUGCUGUUGACGUUUAUGUUGUAUCAUCAAGGCCAGCCAGGCAGUCAGACCAAGGCCUGUUGAAAUAAAACCAUGCAUCCUCGUUUAUCCAGUGUAUUUUAUCUCUGUAUUAUGAUGAAUACCUUGGACUCAUUGCCACCUAAGAAGUUCUGUCACCGCCUCCAUUCGCUCCGAAUUGUUAACAAACAAUUUCUCUUGCACAUGAGAGUAAUUUGAUUGGAAGGCUAUUUUUAGCAUUGUGACUUCCGAAUCAGCCCGAAAAGCAAAACAAUGGUAGCAAAUGGUUCCAGGGUAUUUAUCAAAAUGGAUGGAGUCAGUGUUGGUAUCCAAACAACUGAUAUUGGUAAUGGACACAACACACGUCGGCCAUGUUUGUAUUUUCACCACUGUUCCCUUAGACUUCAGCUUGUUAAAUGCAGUUUUUGUGUAUAUUGGGAGCAUGUGAAGUUGCAGUUAAUGCAGACAAGGGAAAGAUGUCAAGAUGCUGGUGAUGGUUAGUACUUGUAGAUGUUGCUUGUACAUGCAGUAUUCCACCGUGAAGUGAUGGCUUCUGCAUAUCCUACUAUUACCCAAUAAACUUAUUUUAUCUUUGA